UCAUCCCAAAUGCUCAAAACAGGGUCUGGUGCAUAGCGCUUCCAGCACCAAGCACAGCCACGAUUUAAAAACAAAACAACAAACAAACAAGAGAACAACAACUGUCGCCAAGUGAGAGGGGAGCCUGAGGAGGAAAGCAGCUUAACAACUUCAAUUCUAGGCAUCUGAGCCUUUGGAACCGCAGAUGAAGAUCUUAUACCUUCCUGGGCCUCCGUUUCCCUCUCCUAGAAAGGAUGUUUCCUCAAUGAGGGGAGACAGUUGUGCAAUGGCGGUGUCUGACACUCCCGAGGAGGCCUUUGGCAUCUUACGUCCAGUCUGUGUUCAGCUCACCAAGGCCCAGACAGUGGAGAAUGUGGAACAUCUGCAGACGCAGUUGCAGGCCGUGAGUGAUACUGCCCUUCAGGAGCUACAGCAGUAUGUCCUCUUCCCCUUACGAUUUGCCCUGAAGACCCCAGGGCCCAAAAGAGAGCGCCUGGUCCAGAGCGUGGUGGAGUGCCUCACCUUCGUCCUCUCUUCAACAUGUGUGAGAGAGCAGGAGCUUCUCCAGGAGCUCUUCUCAGAACUUUCAGCCUGUCUGUACUCUCCCAGCUCCCAAAAGCCUGCAGCUGUGUCGGAGGAGUUGAAAUUGGCUGUGAUCCAGGGACUUAGCACCUUAAUGCACUCAGCUUACAGGGACAUCAUUCUGACUUUUUAUGAGCCCUCCAUUCUGCCUCGGUUAGGAUUUGCUGUAUCUUUACUGUUGGGGUUGGCAGAACAGGAGAAGUCAAAGCAGAUUAAAAUUGCUGCCUUGCAGUGUCUACAGGUUCUCCUCCUUCAGUGCGAUUGUCAGGAUCAUCCGAGGCCUGUGGGUGAACUGGAGCAGCAACAGCAGCUGGGAGAUUUGUUGGCGUCUUUCCUACCUGGAAUCUCAACCGCACUGACCAGAAUCAUCACAGGAGACUUUAAACAAGGUCACAGUAUUGUUGUAUCUUCCCUAAAGGUCUUUUACAAGACCGUGGGCUUCAUCAUGGCUGAUGAACAGCUCACAAGGAUCCCCAAGGCUGGAGCAAACCCUGCAGUUGAGCCCAGAGUGGCAGCCCUGAUGAUUCACAGGGAAGCAGACUGGGUAAAAAGCACUGGGGACAAGUUGGCAAUCCUUGUUAAAAAGAUAAUUGAGAGUGUCUCUGCUCACCCUCACUGGAAGGCAAGGCUGGAGCUGGUGGAGCUUGUGGAGGUCCUGCUUCUCAAGUGCAGCCAGUCCCUGGUUGAAUGUACGGGUCCCCUCUUGAAGGUGUUAGUUGGCCUAGUAAAUGAUGAAAGUCCUGAAGUCCAGGCACAGUGCAAUACAGUGCUAAGGCAUUUUGCAGAUCAGAAAGUAGUGGUGGGCAGCAGAGCCUUGGCUGACAUCUUGUCAGAAAGCCUGCAUGCACUUGCCACAUCUCUUCCCCGCCUAAUGAACACACAAGACGACCAGGGCAAGUUCUCUACUCUUUCCUUGUUACUGGGGUAUCUAAAGCUAUUGGGCCCCAAAGUGCAUGUGAUUCUCAAUUCUGUUGCCCACCUGCAGCGUCUUUCCAGAGCACUUGUCCAAGUACUAGAGCUAGAGGUGGCAGACGUCAAGAUGGUGGAAGAGCGGCGCUGGAACUCCGACAACCUGAGUGCUUCUCCAGAGGCCUCAGAUGCGCGACCGUGGAGCCGAGUCCAGAGGAGAUAUUUCCGCUGCUUCACUGAUGAGAGGGUCUUCCUGCUCCUGCGGCAGAUCUGUCAGCUCCUUGGUUACUAUGGGGACCUGUAUUUGCUUGUCGAUCACUUUAUGGAACUGUACCAUGCAUCUGUAGUUUACCGAAAGCAAGCUGCCAUGAUCCUUAAUGAACUGGUUGUAGGGGCUGCCGGGCUGGAUGUAGAAGAUAUUCAUAACCAAUGUACAAGCAUAGGCCCAGAGGAACUGAGAGAGAUUGUGAAAUCUAUAUUAGAGGAAUACAUAAGCCAAGAAAACUGGUACUUGAUUACCUGUAUUGAAGCUGAGGAGGGGGAGGAAACAACAGUGAAGCCUCCUGGCCUCCAGGCCAUCACAUCUGGUGCACACACCUGCCAAGUUGUACCUUUUCCAGCCUCAUCAAAGCCCAGCCCCACUGUCUGCUCCAUGAACAGUAACAUCUGGCAGAUAUGCAUUCAGUUGGAAGGGAUUGGCCAGUUUGCUUAUGCAUUACGAAAAGACUUUCGUUUGCUUUUGAUGUCGGCUCUCUAUCCAGUACUGGAGAAGGCUGGAGACCAAACCUUGCUCAUUAGUCAAGUGGCUACUAGCACCAUGGUAGCCAUUUGCCAUGCUUGUGGCUAUAACUCCGUACAGCACCUGAUCAAUCAAAAUUCAGACUAUUUGGUGAAUGGUAUCUCUUUAAAUCUGCGUCACCUUGCUCUGCACCCUCAUACCCCAAAAGUCUUAGAAGUCAUGCUUCGGAACUCAGAUGCUAGCCUACUUCCUUUGGUAGCAGAUGUGGUUCAAGAUGUCUUGGCCACCCUGGAUCAAUUUUAUGAUAAGAGAGCUGCUUCCUUUGUCAGCGUUCUGCAUGCUUUGCUGGCAGCAUUAGCCCACUGGUUCCCAGAUGCAGGUUCUGCUGGACAGCUCCAGCCGUGCAGUUUAGAAGAGGAGGGAAGACAAAUGCCAGCAGCUCGCCAGGCUAGUGCCACAGCAGAAGACAUCGAGCAGUUUGUGCUGAGCUACCUCAAAGAGAAGGACAUAGCAGAGGGGAACGUUUCUGACCUUGAAACUGAGGAAGAGGAACAAUCAUCUCCCCCCAAAUUGGAUGAGAAUGACACCCUUCCAGAUGUGGAGCCACCACUGCCAGUACACAUCCAGAUAGCCAAGGAUGUGAUGGAGCGCUGCAUCCACUUAUCAUCAGAUAAAAAUCUGAAAAUCCGCCUGAAGGUCUUGGAUGUGCUGGGUUUGUGUGUGGUGGUUCUACAGUUCCAUAAGAACCAGCUCCUACCCCUGGCUCAUCGGGCCUGGCCUUCACUCGUGCACAGACUCACAAGUGAUGACCCCCUGGCAGUCCUCAGAGCCUUCAAGGUUUUACAGACACUUGGAAGUAGAUGUGGCGAUUUUCUCCGGAGCCGGUUCUGCAAAGAUGUCCUGCCAAAAUUGGCCAGCUCCUUAAUCACCCAGGCCCCCAUCAGUGCCCGGGCUGGACCAGUUUAUUCUCACACAUUGGCCUUCAAGCUACAACUAGCUGUCUUGCAGGGCCUGGGUCCCCUCUGUGAGAGUCUGGACUUAGGUGAGGGUGACCUGAAUAAAGUGGCUGAUGCCUGCUUGAUUUACCUCAGCACCAAACAGCCCGUGAAAUUACAAGAGGCUGCCAGGAGCGUCUUCCUCCACCUGAUGAAAGUAGAUCCUGACUCCACUUGGCUUCUCCUGCAAGAUCUGUACUGCCCUGUGCAGCAGUUCACAGCCCCCCACCCCAGCCUCCACCCCGUGCAGCUGCGGGGGGCCACCGAACAACAGAACCCCUAUGCCACCAAUGUGCUCCACCUGCUCCAGCAGCUACAGUAACCCUGCUGGACCCUGCCAGCCAGAAGUUGAACUGAGCCACCCCUAAUGGAGGCAGUUGCAGCAGCACAGAGGUGGUAAAAGCCAAUCGAUGUAUAAAUUGAUCGCUCAUACAACUGCUCAGAAAUUGGAUUGAAGGAAAGUAGCUGACUAUUGUUUAUAUUUCACUCUUCGUGUUUUCAGAUGGCAUUGUCUGAAGGCUCUAAGAGUUAAGAGUUAGCCUGCUAUCUGCACAGCCCCUCUGCCCCACGGGUCCUACACACGCGCACGCACGCAGGCACACACACACACACAGCUGUGCUCCAGGCCCAAGUUUGAUUCUCAGCACUUACUGGUAGCUCAAAACCAUGCAGAACUCCAGUUCCAAGGGUUCCAACACCCUUUUCUGACCUCCAUGGGCACCAAACUUGUACAUGGUACACAGACACACACAUGAGCAAAACACUCAUACUCAUAAGAUAAAUCUUUUUUAAAAAUUCUUAGUGAGAUUGAUUUAUUAACUUUUGGAGGGGAGAGCUUUCUCCUCACUCUUCUUUAUGGGGUGUGAGGUACAGGGCAUGCAUGUCAGUCGUGCCACGUCAGAGGACAGCUUGCAGGAGUCACUUCUUCCACUGAGUGGUUUCCAGGGGCUGAACUCAGGCCAACAAGCUUGGCAGAUGGACCUUUACCUGUCGAGCCGUCCUCGUAGCUUCCCCACCCCACUUUAUUUUUAAGACGCAGUGUUACUCUGUAGCCUUGGCUCUUCUGGAACUCCCUAGGUAGCUCAGGCUGGCCUUGAACUCAUGACAGUUCUCCUUUCUCGAGUUCUUGCAUACGGGGAAUUACAGACAUGAGCCAUCACUUCUAACUUAAUUUCAUUUUCUUAAUUUUCUGUUUAGUGUGUGUGUUUUGCCCACAUGUACAUAUGUAUAUAUGUAUGUACGCCAUGUGUGCGCUGGGUGCUGGAGGAUGUCAGAAGAAAGUGUUGAAUUCCUUGGAACUAAAGUUAUGGACGGUGGCUGGUUUGAGCCACCAUGUGGGUAGGGAACACCAGCUUCUGUCUCGGGAAUAGUAGCCAAACGCUCUUAACUCCUGAGCCAUCCUCCAGCCCUGCUGGCCGAUUUCUUACCUUUCACUGUUGGCACUGCAUACUAGUCCCUGUGAGGGCUGAGGUGUGUGUGGCUAAACAGUGACCUGUGCCCACGGCCUUGGGUGGUGCACCACACACAGACCCACCCACUUGUGAAGCUCCCGCAGAUCCUAGGUGUCUUGCACAAGCUUUUCUAAAGAGACCAGUGGUGAUCCAGUAAUGUCAGAUGUUCAGUGUUUCCCCAUCACAUUUGAAUCAGAAUUAAAGUAAGUUACGUACA